AUGCAUGCUUAUCAAAUCGUUGCAAAGUUGGAUGCAGAAUUAAAGCGCAUAGAUAUCAUCAAAUGUAUAAAAUCAAAUGAGAGAAUUAGGUUUAGAGGUGUUAAUCUCUCUGGCCUUGAUCUUUCGAAAUUGGACUUGACGAAGAUAGAUUUCAGUUAUGCAUGUCUGAGAAAUGUGUGUUUCUCAAAUUGUGAUCUUCACGGCGCAAAACUUAAUUAUGUAGAUGCUAAGCGUGCCAACUUUAGCGAUGCUAGUUUGGAAAGUUCAGAAUCUGUAGGGGCAAAUCUCCGUGCCGUGACGCUAUCUGUCGGUGCCAAUCUUGGCUCUGCAAAGAAAAAUUGUAGCUUUUGGGGAGCAAGCUUGGUUGCUGCAGAGCUUCAUGAUGUUGAUCUUAGAAAUGCAAGUUUAGAGGGGGCUUGCUUGGUCUCUGCACAAUUGCAUGAUGUUGAUCUUGCAAAUGCAAAUUUAGAGGCGGCUAGUCUAGAACGUGCAGACUUGAAGAAUAUCAAGACAACAACUAAUACUAAAUUUAAGGAUGCAAAUCUUCAAGAAGCUUAUGUAGAGAAUGUGAAUUUUCAACAUCUGGAGGGUGCAAAGCUUGCUCUUGUUACUCCUUCCGGUAAUGGGGUUAUAUGUAGGCGUUCUCAUUUCUUCUAG